ACGCGAAAGCAAGCCGCAUACCACGGCGGCGCGUCGCGCGCAAACGGAGCCGACGGAGCCGACUGUCACGACUGUGCGACACCGAGGAUCGCAAUCGCUCGCUCAGGCCGCUCAUGGGGCCCCGUGUAUCUCGCCGACGGCCGUCAACGACCGUCUAAAAACGAUCACGGUCUGCGUCGCGAUGCGCGGCGGAUCGCGCUGCGAACGACGACGAUCGCGGACGACGACGGCGCGCGCGGUGAAAGCCCUCUCCUCGGUGAAUUCCUCCGAGCGAUCGGCGGAGGUGGUGGUGCGUGUGGACGUUCGAUCGCUCCCAGUGCGACCGCGGCGUCGCGCGCCCGACACCGUUGGCCAUCGACGCGAGGACCGUGCCGGAGGCACCCUCUCCAACCGGAGACCCGCCAGACGCGGGUCCACGUAGACCGUCGCCGCUCGCCGGCCAGCAACGAUCCUCUUCCUGCCCGCCGCUCGAGAUCUCGGCCGUCGCUGAGGGCGGUCGCCGCAGCAGCCAGCAGCAAUUUGCUCCGAAUCGCCUGAGUCGCGCGAUUAUGCGUUCGUGGACGACGCUACCGAGCCUGUGGUGAUCGACCGUUAUCUAAACAAUUGCGGGUCCGCCGAUAAGCCGUAAUUGGGACCUCGAAGGGACAAUCGAGCGAACAUGGCGCUGGCCAAGAUUAGGAAUUUCAUCGACAACAGCCUGAAGACGGUGUCGACGCCGCUGGACCGCACGGUCCAGAAUCUGGAGCCGGAAAUCGGCGUCAAGAUCGUGCACUCGCCGAACGACAAGACACUGCACGUCACCGUUCUCGGCGCCAGGCACUUGCCACAGAACUUCGGCUUCACCAGAGUCAAUAGCUACGUCGUCAAGGUGAAGCUGAUUCCUGGAAAGGAUAAGUUCGAGACCACGUCGAGGAGUGAAUCCUGGCCGCAGUGGAACGAGGAAUUUGUUUUUCAUUUGCGCAAAGAGACCAAGCAAAAGUUUGGCAAGUCGAAGGUCGUGGAGGAGGAAAUUAGCGGUUCCAGAUUUGUCGUCGCGACUCUUUACGCGGUUCUUGAAGACAAGCCUCUGAUAGCAACUGAGAAGAAGGACUCGGACAAAGAUAAAACGUCGCCUACCAAGGAAUCGGCGAAGAAGGGCGGGAAAAAGAAGGAGGGUCAAAGCACCUCUGGCGAUAAUCAGGAUUCUAGCAAGGGCAAGCUUCUCAGCCAGUUCUUUGGCAAGAGUUCCGACAAACUCGCGGAACCCACAACCGCGGAGAGAAGAGCCUACGACAAGAGGCGAACCGUGGGCGCGACGACAGUUCCACUUGACCCGAAGAACUUUGUCUGCAAACCACCAAAAUCGAAACAUACCAGCGACGUAAGCACAGGAGACUUGUGGAAACCACUACGACCGAUCACCAGCGGUAUCUCAGGUGCCGAGGAUAGAAAAGAGAAUAAGAAAGGGCAAGUUGAACUGUCCUUGUGUCUAACGAAGGGCGAGAAGGAUGAAGACAGUGGCGGGCAGCUAAUAUUGUCUCUAAACCGUCUGAGAUGUUCGCUUCAGACGAUGCACGAGCACGAGGGCCUAAAAGGACAAAUGUAUCUGAAGAUGUCGGUUGUCGACAACGGUCGCGUAACACAUUUCUGGAAGAGUGAUCGAUUUGUACCGACGGUGUCCAUGAAAUUCUCGCCGGACACGGCGAGAGUCGUCGCCGACAACCCGUACAAAGGAGCGCUCAACGACGUGAGCUUCGUCGUAAAGUUCGUCUCGAAAAAUAAAAUGGGCAAGAAGACUCCCGUAGGCCACUUUGUGAUCGGGCCCGAUGUCGGUGGAAAUUACGGCGAGCAAUGGAAGCAAGCUCUAGCGAAACCGGGACAGCAGAUAACGAAGUGGCAGGCGUUUGAAUAAAAAUAAGGCGCGCGACAAGUCGUUAACUUAUUCAACAUUACGAAAACCGUUGAACGACGUACUUUCCUCUUAGGUAUCUAGAGACACAGCAGCGAAAACGAGAGCGCUACACGUAUGCCAUAAAUAUUUAAGACACCGAUCGAUAAGGCUAUUCCAAAGAGUACCAUAGAAACGUAUACGAAUGCAAACAUUUACGUGAAUCUUUCUUGCUGGACUUGUUCAUGCCUCCGAUCCGCUGCUGAUUUUACAUGAGAAAAUCAUUACGUGGCCACACAAGAGGAAUCUGUUUUUUAAAUGCAUGAAUCUAGGUGGAAUUUUUGAUCGCGCAUAUUCUGUAUAUAUACAAAACCUGUGUCAAUUUUAACCGUCCUUGACGCCGCUAAGGAAGGAAAUCGAUGUUUCUGUCCCAAAUCCGAUCAAUGUAACCGUCCGUAAACUAAGAACUAUUGUCUAAGCAUUUAGAUAAUCUCUAAGCGUAUAGGUGAGAUGGAUAAUCAUAACAAGUGCAUAUCAUAUUUUAUAAGAUCGCAAGAAUAAAUUCGCCAUGUUAUUUUAGUAUUAAUUUAUAUUUUCGAUGCAAACAUAAGUUUUAUAUGAAUUAAUGCUCGUAUAUGUAAUCGCUUACGAAAGCGCGUCGUCAAAGGUAUAUGUCUUUUAGCAACGAUAAAUUUGACUAGUUUUAUAUGUACUUCAAAUGCUCAUAUUUAUUACCACGCUAGCUAAAAACGGAGUAAGCGGCGAUCAAUAUUCGGAAUUGAUAUUAGAAAAAAGCUAUUUCCAAUUGUGAUACAUCGAAAUAUUUUUUCUAUUAAUCAUUAUUUAUACAUUUAUUAAUAUAAAAUAUUUGACAUCAAUGUUAAGACGCUUUAAAAAUCACAAAACAUAUCGUUACAUAAUUGCACCGUACCCUUUUGAAGGCACUAAGCAUGAGUUAAUUAGUAUUAAUAUUUUCAGUACUUUUACAGCUCAAAUAAGAAUGUCACAUAAUAAAAUGGGAAAAAUUCCAAAGUAUUUAUAAAAUAAUGUAAUAUCAAUCAACAUAUUUUCUCUUUUUAUAAUUGUUUUAAUAAUGCAUACUUUGACGGUAUUUUAAGGAAUAUUUGUACGUUUGUAUAACUGCUGACACCAAAAAGUACACAUACAUUUCGUUACAAAUAAGAUUUGAUUUAGUUCUGUAUUGUAUGUAAAAAAACAGAAAAUAACAUUAUUUAUAAAUAUA